AUGAGAUUCUCGACUCUUGCCAGAAUGUUCGUCGUGUUUCGUCGUCGUAAACGGCGGAAAGUCCGUCGAGAACCAACAUUUCUUUCGUAUCGCAUCAGAAGAACUUCAACAUCCGAAAAAACACACAAUAAUCACAGUCAUCAUUCUCCGCGGAAGUCACCUGGAUUCCGAUUUCGACGAAUUUUUGACACUUUUACUUUUACCAGAUCACUGAAACCACAGUACUCAGUUGAAAACAAUAACGAUGAAGAGGAGACUGAUGAGACCCAGAAGUGUACAGAAGGAGAGGAAAUGGAUGUGGUCACUUUACUUCUCGAUGUCAGGCUUAAUAAUGGAGAAGAUCUUCCAGUCAAAGAUGCAUCAGGAAGUUCCGAUCCUUAUGUGAAAUUCCGUUACAAGGAAAACAUUGUCUAUAAAUCCGGAACAAUAUUCAAAAAUUUGAAUCCAUCGUGGGAUGAAGAAUUCCAAAUGAUUGUUGAUGACGUCACUUGCCCAGUUCGUUUGGAAGUUUUCGAUUUCGAUCGAUUCUGUACGGAUGAUUUUAUGGGUGCAGCCGAAGUUGACUUGUCGCAGGUCAAAUGGUGCACAUCAACAGACUUCCGAGUUGAUCUUCUCGAUGAAGUCAAUCAAUCAGCUGGAAAAGUUUCAAUUUCUAUCACAAUUACACCGAUGACUCAAUUAGAAGUUCAACAAUUUCAGCAGAAGGCCACGAAAGGAAUAUUAAGUACUUCUGAGAAGAAAAAGGAGCAAAGAGCAAACAAUACUCAAGACUGGGCUAAAUUAGUGAAUAUCGUAUUGGUUGAAGGAAAAGGAAUUCGUGUUGAUGAAAGGAAUCCGGAUGCAUUUUGUAAAUUCAAGUUGGGUCAAGAGAAGUAUAAAACGAAAGUUUGUUCAAGUGCCGAACCGAGAUGGAUAGAACAAUUUGAUCUACACGUAUUUGAUACGGCAGAUCAAAUGUUGCAAAUGGCUUGUAUUGAUAGAAAUACCAAUGCCAUUAUUGGAAGGAUUGGCAUUGACUUGUCUACAGUAUCCCUUGAUGAAACUCUUCAACAUUGGUAUCACUUGGAAGGUGCUCCAGAAGACGCUCAAGUUCUUCUUUUAAUUACUGUAUCUGGUUCACAUGGAGCUGGUGAAACUAUUGAAACAGACGAGUUCAAUUAUAAUGACAUUAGGAAUACACGAAUUCAGAAAUAUGAUAUUUCGAACUCAUUUAAUGAUAUUGCUGAUAUUGGAACAUUGACUGUGAAACUUUUUGGAGCGGAAGACUUGGUUGCAAAGGACUUCGGAGGAAAGAGUGAUCCAUUUGCUGUGUUGGAAUUAGUGAAUACCAGAGUUCAAACGAAUACAGUUUACAAGACAUUGAGUCCAAGUUGGAACAAAAUCUAUACAUUUGCCGUGAAGGACAUUCAUACGUGUCUCCAAGUGACAAUUUUUGAUGAAGACCCAAAUAAUCGAUUCGAGUUCUUGGGUCGUGUACAAAUUCCCUUGAAAUCAAUUCGCAAUUGUGAGAAAAGAUGGUAUGGAUUGAAGGAUGAGAAAUUGAGAAAACGAGUGAAAGGAGAGGUUCUUCUCGAAAUGGAUGUCAUCUGGAAUCCAGUCAGAGCUGCAAUUAGAACAUUCAAACCGAAGGAAGUGAAGUACUUGAGUCAGGAACAGAAGUUCAAGGCUUCUCUCUUCAAAACAUACUUUGGAGAGUUGAAAGAAGUUGUAAAUGUCCUUGCCAGUUACAAGAAUCAAGUGGAAUAUCUUCUUUCGUGGCACUCCAGACCGAAAUCUUUGGCAGCUUAUAUUGUAUUCAUGGUAUUUGUUUACUUCUUCCAAAUCUUCUUCAUUCCUCUCAUGAUCUUGUCCGUUUUCGGAUAUAACUUUGUGAAAUCGAAGACCUCAUCGGAUGAAAUUUCAAAGACUCCAAGACAUUCUCUGAAAGGACAAAGAAGUGAAGAAGAAGAUGAGAAGACUGGAACUGGAAUCCGUGAUGCUUUCAAUUCAGUCCAAGAAAUCCUUCUCUCCGUUCAAUCUUAUCUCCAUUUUGCAACUCAACUUCUUCAGAAAAUCAAGAAUACAUUCAAUUUCACUGAUAUCUGGUUAUCAACUCUGGCCGUUAUCGUCUUAUCACUUGCCUUCGUUUUACUUUAUUUCGUUCCUCUUCGUUGGAUUAUUAUGGUUUGGGGAACCAAUAAGUUCUCAAAAAAAUUGAGAAAUCCCAAUUUUGUGGACAACAACGAGUUGUUGGAUUAUUUAUCAAGGGUGCCUUCUAGAACUGAACUUCAAGAACAAUCGAAUGAACGUGUCCAUCGACCAAUAAAUCUGUGA